AUGGGGAAACUAUGUAGCACACUUUGCUUCAACUCUUUUGUCUUUUCAAUAACUCCUAAUGCAGGUCAGCCACUGGGUCCUUUAGAUGGAAUUCCUGUUGCAGUAAAAGACAACUUCAAUACAGCUGGCAUUGAGACAACAUGUGCAUCCAACAUGCUGAAAGGUUAUAUUCCUCCUUACAAUGCUACAGUAGUUCAGAAAUUACUGGAUCAGGGAGCUGUGCUUUUAGGAAAAACAAACCUAGAUGAAUUUGCAAUGGGAUCUGGAAGUACAGAUGGAGUCUUUGGACCAGUCAGAAAUCCCUGGAGUUACUCAAGGCAGUACAAGGAAAAAUCCAUGCCAGGAUCCCAUUCUAAGGAUGAAGAUUCUAACUGGGUGAUAACAGGAGGGAGCUCAGGGGGCAGUGCAGCUGCUGUGUCAUCCUUCACCUGCUUUGCAGCCUUAGGGUCAGACACAGGAGGAUCUACCAGGAACCCUGCUGCUCACUGUGGUGUAGUAGGUUUAAAGCCAACAUAUGGCCUGAUCUCUCGCCAUGGUCUCAUUCCUCUAGUGAACUCCAUGGAUGUGCCAGGAAUCCUAACCAGAUGCGUGGAUGAUGCAGCACUUGUGUUAGGUUUACUUGCUGGACACGAUCCUAGAGACUCUACCACAAUUCAGGAUGACUUUAAGCCAUUUGAACUACCCAAUUUGACUGAUGUCAGCAAACUCUCCAUAGGAAUUCCAAAGGAAUAUCAUGUACCAGAGCUUUCUAGUGAGAUUCUGGCUGUCUGGUCCAAGGCUGCUGACCUCUUCAAGAAUGCAGGUGCCAAAGUGAUAGAAGUGAGUCUACCACACACAUGUUACUCAAUUGUCUGCUACCAUGUGCUGUGCACAGCAGAAGUGGCAUCAAAUAUGGCCAGAUUUGAUGGACUGGAAUAUGGACACCGUUCUGCCAUGAACAAGUCCACAGAAAGCAUGUAUGCUGCAACACGCCGGGAAGGCUUCAAUGAUGUUGUCAGAGGAAGAAUUCUCUCAGGAAACUAUUUCUUGUUGAAACAGAACUAUGAGGAUUACUUUCUCAAGGCACAGAAAGUCAGACGUCUCAUUGCUGACGACUUUAGGAAGGUUUUCAGGAGCGGCGUCGAUAUUUUGCUCACUCCCACCACUCUGACUGAUGCAGCAACUUAUGUGGAAUUCAUCAAGGAGGACAACAGAACCCGUAGUGCUCAAGAUGACAUCCUGACCCAGGCUGUAAACAUGGCUGGACUGCCAGCCAUAAAUGUUCCUACAGCUCUGUCAGAGAGAGGCUUGCCAAUUGGGCUUCAGUUCAUUGGACGUUCAUUCCAGGAGAAGCAGCUUCUCACUGUAGCCAAAUGGUUUGAAAAACAAGUGAAAUUCCCAGAGAUCCAGCUAGAAGAACUGAACAGCCAUGAUCACAAUGUCCUUCAGCAGCAGAAAUCUGCUUCUUUCUCAUAAGGUGGGACUUGCUAGUCAGCUAAAGCAAGAAGACAGUGGGGAUGGUCUAAAAAUGUACUCCUGCAGCUCAUGCUCUUCUGGAGAAAUAAUAAUCUGCUUUAAGAAGAACAUAUACAGUAAUGCAGGAUGGAAUCAUCACAGCUUGUUACUAUGUAAUUAAGGCCAAGUGAGUCAUUAAGUAAAUAUGUCUGUUAUUAAGAACCAUUUCUAACUGAUAUUAAAAACACCAGGUUGAAAUGAUGUAUCUUAUGCCUGUGGAAUGGCUUUUCUCCAUCC